UUGACAAAUAGCUUUUGCGGCGUUACUUCAACAUACACCCAUCGGUCACAAUUCAGUGGCCAGACACUGUGUGUGUUCCUAUUAUUUAUUCAAAUUUAUUUUUAAGAUUUAAUCUAGAUUUACGCACCAGAUCUACUGUUGCUAAAGGGACUACUCACACCUCCGGUAUAUCAAUCAGUAUUGUAAUUUCAAUGUUCAGUGGCCUUCCUUUAUUGGUUCACAUCUUGUUCGGCUUUCUUGUCUUCGCAACUAGUUUGCUUUUCAGUUCUAAUGCCUUUCUGCCAUUUCAAUACUCCAGCCUACCCGAUUGGAACGUCUAAAAUAUAUUCUAUAUCUGAGCAAGGACUCUUACUCCACUAGGAUUCUUCAAACAACGUUUACUGUCAUAGCAAGAAGAACGAUCUGAAGAAGCGUAAAUUGUAAAAAAGGAUUGAAGUGAGAUGGAAGCUUUGACCUCAUGCGAAUAGAACGAAACUGUGAAUUAGAAUAAUGCUCUGUAAUGUCUAAGAAUCGGCUUCAGAAAUUCAGCGGUUGAAGCUGUUGGAAUUGGAUAUUAAAAUUCCGCUGAAACAUCGACGGUCAUGAUUUUAGUAAAACUGUUAGGGAAAUAUUUCACCACUCCUUCUCUUGGCGUUUUAUCACUCAUGCAUAUCCUUAAACCGCGCAUACGUGGAUAUGUACUGUAAUAUAAACAAAUACUACAGCCGCUACUUAAUCAGCAUCGCUAGUAGUGGCAGCAGACGUUUUGAAAUGUAUUAGAUACUAAUAGACCUCCACUAAUAAUUCCAAAAAAAAUGUAAAAACAAACUUUUGUCUUUACAAUUCGCGCCUCGGCAUAUCAUAUAAACAACAAAUGCGAAAAAAUAUUACAAAUUUGUAAAACAACAACUAAAAGCACUAACAUGCACAGCGGCAAGCUUGAAAGUCUGAGAAGCGCCGCCACAGCGGACAAGCAAACAAACAACAACAAUAGUGCGAUUUUCUCAGAUAUAAAAGCCGUUAAGCAUCUGGCAAACGACAUUCAGUCAAUCGAAUUCGAAGUCAAAGGUGGAUUUUAGACAGAAAGCGUUAAAUUUUUCGUGUGUGAAAAAAAACCGUACAAAUAAAUAGCAGCAACAUGAAGUGUGCUCCAAUAAUCGUCGCAGCCGUGCUCACUCUUUGCUUCACAACAACAACAACUUAUGCCGAUUCUGUGUUGGAUAAUGCGGCGGCAGAGUCCACGAAUGAUGAGCAGCUCGAGACGGCAGCCAGCAGUUUGAAUCCACUGGACGAGACACAUAAGCAAGAAAAGCGUUAUAUUGGCGGCGCAUGGGAUCCAUACUCAACGCGUGUCGGCUUGGAUGGCGGUUCGUUGUAUAAUUCCGGUUAUGGUGGUUAUGGCAAUUACGCUGGUUACAGUGGUAUUGGUGGGCUCGGCGGCUAUGGUGGUUACGGCUCACCCGGCUAUGGCAACUAUGCUGGCUACGGCACUACUGGCUACGGUCCCUAUGGCGGUUAUGGCAGCCCUUACUCCUACUACAAUGCGCGCUUCGGUGGUGGUUAUCCCUACUCGCGUUUGGGCUACAAUUACCCCUCCAGCUAUUACAGUGGUUACUCGAACAGCGUGGUAGGCGGUGGCUUGGGCGCUCUUGGAGGUGGUGUAGUGCCACCUGUAGGUGGCGUUGGCAUCAGCACUGGCUAUCAGUAUGGGCCGGGCAUCUCGGGUACGGUCUACUAAAAGCCAAUAGGGGAACUCGACCUAUGAGCGAAAACAGUAGCUGUACGAAAACUCAGACAAGGCUAAGUUUGUUACGGAAGGCUGCCAAAUAAAUUUCGACUUUGUAAUGCAUACUGAUUAAUAGA